AUGCUCACAGUCAGAGAGCAGCCGUCCUCCUGGUUUGUGGCAGAGCCGGACCUGAGCGUGACAGAGCAGGACCUGGAGGGCCCCCUCCGGGCCGUGCCUCAGAGGGGGGUGGACUGGCUCCUGGUCUUCUCCGUCCUCUUCAUCACCGGCUUCAGUCUAUACGCCACACUCCGCACCGACAGCAUCCGCUGGCUCAUCCCCGGACAGGAGCACGAGCACCAGGACUGA